AUGGACCUUGAAGACUUGCCCCGGAUUAUUCAUUCGUCCCGCUCCGCUGGUCGAUGUUUCCACCUCCGAGCUCUAUACUUCAAGGUCAUUCUCCCAAAAUAUAGUGUUGCCGCCAGGGGCCACUAUGAAAACCACGUCGAUCGUGACGGCAAUAACAGGGUUUUCUCGCAAGUCAUAACAUCUCUUUUUGAAAUCCUGAGCUCAUGGCCCGAUUACGACCACAACAUGUCACUGGAGAUCUAUGCCAGGUCUCCAAGUGAUUGGCAAGCGGAGCCGGAUUGGACUAUACGACGUAUCCGGCAAGAACGAGGCUAUGCUUUCCCAGAUGAGGAGCUGCUACACCGGCGGUACAAAAGUUCCUAUCUACAGUUGAUGGGCAAUGUAACCCUGUCUAACGUCAAGUGCAUUACCUCGUUGAAGGUGUUGGGCUGUGAUUGUUUCCGCAAUAUCGCACCGGGAGCUGUAUCCGAGAUGGUGGCCCAUCUUCCACGACUGCAACUCAUCAACGCCAGACUUCGUGCCAAAGAGAGAAAGGAUGCCGCAAUGCAUGAUAGCCUUGGUGAUUUCCCUGGUACUAGUUGGCCUUCCUCCCUGCGACAUUUACAACUAGGAUACGAGGAGCAACCCUUUGAGGAACAGGCCUCCUCGCUAUCAAACCCAGGCGCUAAUGAUCUGUGCCUUGCUUUGUACCAAAUGACUCAGCGGUUGGAAAAUGUUUACCUAUCACAAAUCAUGAUCGGGCCUGAAGUAUUCUGGCCGGCAGAUGCCAACAAUGUCACCCCAUUCUGGCCAAACCUUCUCAAAUUUAGCAUGAGCUAUACAUAUACUCUGUCCUCUGGUUUCAGCCCGGUCCGUGGAGCCCUAGGAUCAGAGGAGGAUUUGUCUCCCGACUCACCGGAUUCCUAUCCCGACGCAACGGAUGAUUCUGUCGAACCACCCGAUAACAAACAACAAAGUCCAAUCCUCAGGCUUGUGAGUAAAAAUCUGGAGGAGUUGUAUCUCGCUGCUGGACGUGCGGCUCAACAUAUGCCUCGGCUAAGUUCCAUGGACCUUGAUGUUUGCAUAUUCCACUCGCCGUCAACCCAGUAUUAUUUCAGAUACGAUGCAACUUUGGGCACAGCAACAUGGAUGAGGCCCUCGCAUUACCGCGUGUCAAAUAAAGUUCAAGAGGCCUGGGAUGUUGCGGCAAAGGGUCAUGGACAUGGUCAGAUAUGUACAGAGGUCCUUUCUCUUGAUUCAAGUUUGUCCCCAUGA